AUGCACGAACAGCCCCAGCGCCGCGGCCCUGGGCGGACUGGAAGCCUGGGGCUCUGCUUCCACGUGCCGGGGCUCGUCGGGCCAGGUCUCCGGGAGCCGGGCGAGGCAGCCCCGGGCCGACGCCUACCCCAUGACAUAGAUUUUCUCCCCUUUGUGUGUGAUGGCUGUUCAGGUAUCUUUUGCCUUCAGCACAGGAGCCGGGAUGCUCAUGGGUGUUCUGAGGUGAAUAUAAGAAACAAUUCUGUGAAACCAAAUCAGCACAGAUCUUACCCAUGCUCAUACAAGGACUGCAACGGAAAGGAGCUUUUGCCAGUUUUAUGUCCCUACUGUGAAAAACAUUUUUGUCUAAGACACCGGCAUCAAUCAGACCAUGAAUGUGAGAAGCUGGACACACCAAAACCUCGAAUGGCUGCCACCCAGCAGCUAGUUAAACAUAUUAUAGAUUCUAAAAAAAAUGAGGAAGCAAAAAGCAAAAAACGUAAAGGAGCAAAAAACAGUGAGACAGCAGCAAAAGUGGCAUUAAUGAAACUGAAAAUGCACGCGUGCGGGGACAAGUCCUUGCCUCAGACAGAAAGAAUUUACUUUCAAGUAUUUUUACCGAAGGGGAACAAAGAGAAAAGCAAGCCCAUGUUCUUUUGCAGUAAGUGGAGUAUUGGCAAAGUAGUAGAUUUUGCAGCUUCCUUAGCAAGCCUUAAAAAUGACAACAACAAAUCAACAUCCCAGAAAUUGAGAUUAUGCCAUACUGCCUCUGGAGAAGCCUUGCCAUUUGAGCACACAUUGGAAACAUGGCUAUCUAAUAAAGACUAUCCAUUGUACAAUGGUGGAAAUAUAAUUUUGGAGUAUCUUGAUAAUGAUGUUCUAUUCAUAGAAGAUACAGAGUCGUACUUUAGUUAAUCAGUAAAUUAUCACAAACAAAAAAAAUCUUUGAUUUUUUUAGAAGUGUGGUAUUCAAACCAAGUCCAGUUUUCUUUUAAAAUCACUGGUAUGCCAGAAUCUGUCCUCAGUUGUAAAGACACAGUUCCCAUCAAUUUCUCAAUUGCUUGACUGACAAAGAACUAUGUCCUGAAAGGAAAAUUAGUUAUUAUAAUAACUAAUAUUACAGAUACUCACUUUCUAGAAUAAAUUCUUGCUUUAUUUAGCUGUAUAAUGUCAAUAAUGUUUUCUUAAAUUUUAUAUUUAUUUUUGUGUAAAUGAUGGGAAAAGUAUGUAUUGAAAUCAAUAAAUAAUGA